GUUCAGACUCAUCCUGAUUGACGCUGCUUGACUCAUCAGGCACAGUAUGCUUGUAGUCCUUCUCUCUCUCUUCUAUCUCUUCUCUUCAGACUCAAAUGUACUCGACUGCAGUUGUAAUGGUGUGAUUGCAUUAGCACUGGGCUCUUCUGUUUACCUUUGGAACUCAGAAACUCAGGCUCUGUUGGGAUGUUUGUGCCCGAGUCCACAACCAGGACCUCUGCACCUUCAGACUCAGUCUGUCUCGUCUCUGUGCUGGAGCAGAGACGGCAGAUCUCUGUGCAUCGGGACCAGGCGAGGGGAGAUACAGUUGUGGGAUGUUGAACAGAACCGAAGGGUGAGGUGUCUUCCUUCACACCUGUCUGUGGUCAGAGCUCUUUCCUGGAAGCAGCAGUUACUCAGCAGCGGCUCUAUUCUUGGACGUAUCCAUCACUUUGACCCUCGGGUUCCUGCACCUCUGGUUGGUGCAGCUGUGCAGCAGGACGGGAUCUGCAGCCUGCAGUGGUCACCAGGAGACAACUUGCUGGCCAGUGGCUCCACAGAGGGCCUUCUCUGUAUAUGGGAUAGUGACGUCGCAGGGUUCACAAGGUCACGUCGGCCAAUAACUACAAUGAAACAUCCCUGCGCUGUAAAGGCGAUGGGAUGGUGUCCAUGGCAGAGGAAGACGAUUGCUACAGGAGGAGGAUGGAAAGAUGGAGAGUUAAGGAUCUGGGACGCAGAUUCUGCAUCUUGUAUUAGUUCUGUAAACACUAACUCACAGAUCUGUUCUCUUCAAUGGGCUGAGAAGAAGAGAUGUCUGAUCACAGGUCACGGUCUUCCUCAUCACCAAGUCACCUGCUGGACCUGGGAGUUUCCCUCCCUCAGACCGACCUUCCAGCUCACAGGGCAUUCUCAGCGGGUCCUGCACUUGGCCUCAAACCCCGAUAGUUCUCAGAUUUUCUCUGCAGGAGCAGACCAACGCUUUCACAUCUGGGACCUUUAAUGAUCAACAUCACUCAUUAUCAUGCUCUGUCAAUGUUUAGUAGCUCAGUCUCUCAGUAAUGUUGUUUUCAGAGGUUGCACAUUUCCUGUCCCAUUUUCUGAACUAACCACGGUGUGUCCUCGUCAAACAGAGUCAGAAACACACUUUUAGUUCCUUAUUCAUUCAUUCAGUCCAUAU